GAAGUCCCCGUCGAGAGUAAGUCAGUUGCUCGGUGGCUACGGCGGGAGGCGGACGCGUGUCGAACACACGAGAGCGCAAACUAAAAAUCCACUGAGAGCAAUGAAUUAUCAAGAACUCGCGUCCAAACACAUUUAAAACAUCAAUCAUUCAUCAUGGGUGUCGCGUCGGACGGCUUCAGUAGCAGGUGGCGUGCCAAGAUAGCAGCGUGCAGGGAGUCCAGGAAGCUGGUGCUGAUCAUAGUGGCGAUAGCUCUGCUCCUGGACAAUAUGCUGCUGACCACAGUCGUGCCGAUCAUCCCGGAAUUCCUGUACGACAUCCGGCACCCGGACGCUCCGCUGUCGCUCUCCCUGGAUGAGGUCACGACCACGCCGCCUCCCCCCACCCCCUACUGCCCGUGUCUGGAGAAGAACGAAACCGUCACCGUCGAGAAUGUAACCCACAUCAACAUUACCGCGGAGAAGGAAUUCCGUCAUCAGGAGCUCAUCCACGAGACAGUCGCCGUCGGAGUAAUGUUCGCCAGCAAAGCGAUGGUACAACUACUCGCCAAUCCAUUUGUGGGACCGCUUACUCACAAAAUCGGCUACAGCGUUCCUAUGUUCACGGGCUUCGUACUAAUGUUCCUGUCUACACUAAUAUUCGCCUUUGGUCGCUCAUACGGAGUACUCUUCGUAGCUCGUGCGCUGCAAGGCAUAGGAUCCUCGUGUUCCUCCGUGUCAGGAAUGGGUAUGCUCGCCGAAAGAUAUCCUGAUGAUAAGGAACGCGGCAACGCUAUGGGCAUCGCACUCGGCGGUCUCGCUUUGGGCGUACUCAUCGGCCCUCCGUUCGGCGGAUUGAUGUAUGAGUUCGUGGGGAAGACUGCCCCUUUCCUGAUGCUCUCCGCCUUGGCUCUCGGCGAUGGAUUACUGCAGCUGAUGAUACUUCAGCCGGGUGUCGUGAGGCAAGAGACGGAGCCCCCUUCUCUGAAGCAACUUGUGACCGAUCCAUACAUAUUGAUUGCGGCUGGAGCCAUUACUUUCGCAAAUGUUGGCAUAGCCAUGCUGGAGCCGAGCCUGCCGAUUUGGAUGGCGGACACCAUGGAAGCCAGGAGGUGGCAGCAGGGAGUCGCUUUCCUUCCCGCCAGCAUCUGCUAUCUGAUAGGCACCAAUCUUUUCGGCCCCCUCGGACACAAAAUGGGUCGCUGGCUGGCCGCCUGCUCCGGACUCGUCAUCAUUGGACUCUGCCUCAUCUUUAUCCCGAUGGCUCGCAAGUUGGAGCACCUGAUCAUCCCCAACGCUGGUCUCGGCUUCGCCAUCGGCAUGGUGGACUCGUCCAUGAUGCCGGAACUGGGUUUCCUGGUCGACAUCCGCCACGCAGCCGUCUAUGGAUCAGUUUACGCCAUCGGAGACACGGCCUUCUGCUUGGGAUACGCUGUCGGUCCCGCGUUCUCUGGCGCCCUGGUAAAUAGCAUCGGCUUCGAGUGGAUGCUGGUCAUCAUCGCCAUCCUGAACUUCGCCUACGCCCCGUUCCUGCUGUUGUUGCGUUCUCCCCCAGCCCGCGACGAGAAACAGAGCCUCAUUAUGGGUGAGAAAUCCUCAGUGCGUUACGUGAACUAUCAGAACGAGGAGUAAGGAUUCCACUAGCCAAGACCAGAUACCUGAAGACCUGGAGUCAAUCAGCGGUUAGAGAUACUAUAACUUGGGAGCGAAUCGCCGAGGCGAAAUUCAUAAAUUUUUGAACUCACUGACUUAAUAUUAACAUUAAAUGAUCACGCAACGGGGUUUGCUUGUAAACGAAUUUUAGACGUCUUAGGAGCGUAUACAUUGUAUUAAUAGAAUUACAAUAAUACAUAUUUAAACUGUAUACAUAUUGCCCGAAUAUCAUAUUAGUGUUUGUCUAUAUAAUAUAUUAUAGACAUGUUACCAACAAAUUUUUAAUCAAAAUAAUAUAUUAUUGCUAUCUAUAUUUAUUAAAUGUAUACACAUAUUAUACGCAUUCUAUUUAUUGAAUGUUAUUGUAGUGCUUUCAAUGAUAUAAUAUUUACCUAAAACUUCUUCCAAACGAAAUGACAAAAAGAUUUUUUUAACUAAUUACAAAACUGUAGCUAUUUACUUUAACAUAACCAAAAUCGAAUCCGAAAUAUUUUAAUAAAAAAAUCAAGUUAUGUAUUUAAAAUUUAAUCACACGUAUUUCGUUUUAUUUAUAUUUUAAUCAUAUAUUUCGGAUACAGUUUUAAUAUAUUUAUCACUGACAACUUGUGUUUAGUUAGAUUAAAAUGUGUUUUUGUCAUUUUUAUUCAGUUUUCCUAUCGACCAAUUUACAAACAAUUAGAAAUUAAAAAAAAAACAUUUAGAAAUGUAUUUUAAUAGAAACUGUAUUUAGCUUGUAUCAAAUAAUCUUCGUAUAACAAUAACUGACGUGGCUUCGAAAGCAAAUGUGUGAUGUGAUUUUGGAUACAUUUAAAAAACUCAAGUAUUGCCCAAAUUGCUGGUGAUUCUGUCGUGUGAAUGACAUUUUUAUUUUAUUUUCUUUAUUGCUUAGGUGGGUGGACGAGCUAAUAAUUCCGAUAUGCCUUUGCUAUCGUCGCUUAACUAUCGACUCUGAAUCCAGCUCCACCUCUGAGAGGAAUCGCCCGGAGACACUCUUAACACUUACUACAAAUAUUACAAUCCAAUAAUAUACUAUAACUAGGCAUACUCUCCCGCUUCGCUGGGCAUUUAAAAUUAACAUUACUAUUUAUUGUCAUUAUUGUUAGGGAGUCCAACACUCAUAUAAAUAUUAGCCUAUCCAUUAAGUACAUGUAAUUUCUACAUGGAUACCAAGUUUCAAGUCAAUCGGAUGCACGGUUCAGUAGUUAUAACGGAACAUCCGUAAAAACCACUGUAAAUGGUCAUACGAAAAUAAUUCUCGUAUGUCAUAUAUAUGGACUGGUGGCGGGGCUUGAGGAUGAGUUAUGUCUAGCAGCGGAUGUGUAUGGUCUGAAAGACAGGUAGAUAGAAGACAUAUAAAUAUAUGGAUGUUUUGUUGUUACAUCACUGUUCCUGUAGUCCCAUGCGCUGGUCCGGUCAAAUUAAGACGACCUUGGAAUCCAGCAUCAAUGUCGCUAUCCUCUGCGCAGGGGACUGGAUGGAAUGGUCCUCCAUUCCUACAUAGUCCUAACAAAAGUGCCCCGUAAAGUUUACGUUAGUACUGAGAAACACGACGCACGGAGAAGGAGGUUUCUGCCCAAAUAAUGCGUGAUUAAAAAUAUACAACAUGAUUAACUUCAGUAUCCGAUGAAAAGUUAUCGGACAUUUUAUUUUUAUUUUAGCACGACAGAAAGCUGAUAGCGUUUUUUAAACUUAUCCAAAAUUGAUUCUAAGCAUCUGCUUAGCUAUAGUAAAGACACAAUGUGUAAAUUUUUGGAUGCUACGUCACAGAUUUUUGUGAAUAAACAAUAAAUACCCGUUAUAUUCAGGGUGAAUUCGUGUAAAUAAAAUGUAUACAUAUUUACAAUGUCAUAUGUAGACACAAUGUUUGUCGUAUUCUUAAACGUCAUGUACGUACGUACAUUUGUAGAUAUAUGUGUUUUUGUUAAAUUCAUAUCCAUGUAAUACUGUUAAAGCAAAAUCAGUACAUACCUUAUAGUUCUUCAUUCAUAUUUACCAAAUUUCAAUGGUGAAUUGAAAAUGCAAUUCAUUAUUUUAUAGACAAAAUAAAAUGCCGAAAAUUCUAGAUGUACCCAGAAGCUUAUAAAUCGAAAUUGUAUACGCUAUAUUUUGCGAAUGUGACUUUGACAAUAUAUUUUAAAAAAUAUGUAUACAAUAUUGUAGACAAUAAUUUUGUGUAACGUAUACAACUUAUUUAUAUUGUAUAUAGUGCAUGCAUUACGUUUGCCAAAUAAUAUGUGCAUUAAGAGAUUUAGUAAAGAUUAAUUUUUAUCACGUUUUCUCGUUGACUUAUAGGAAUAUAAUAAGUUUAAGUUAUAAGUACACGUUUUUAAUUUGAUAAUUAAAUAGUUUUUGCCUACUAAAGAAACGAAUACAAACUAUAGUUGUUAAUAAGAGUUAUAAUAAACAUUAUUAUUGUUUAAUGCCAGAAUUAUUACGGAACAAUAACAGUUUUAAUUGUCUUCAUCGACUUUUAUCACAAUUAUGUUCAAUCUUAUUCAGAAGACAUAUAUCUCUUGAUGCACACGAGAACCGUUGGUCUCUGGUAGAUUCGUAAUGAUUUUAAAAACUUAAUUAACGUUAUUCCUUAAUUAACGAAAUAUCAUCACAAUUGCUUUAAUUUUGUAAUUACUUAAUGCGGUUGCACACGAUAAUCUUUCGGAGACGAAUAUCGCAAGAUUGUCUUAUUUUUAAUAAUUGGACAUCAGCAACGACAAAGGCAGACCCAAGCCGCUGUCUACCGUUAAACAAAUAAGGUUCAAGCUUAGACUCUAAUUCUUCUUAUUUUUUUGAAUUAUUUAUGCACAAAACAAAUCACAAUCAUUACAGUACAUCACAUCUAUACAUUUAUAAAUAAAAUUGGAAUGUCUGUUUGUGAUAUUGAAAAAAAAACCGCUUUUUACUACUUGCAUUUGAAUUAUAUACACCAAACUAACAAAAAUAACAUUUUUUACAAUUUUUGUCUGUCUGUCUGUCUGUUUGUUCCGGCUAAUCUCUAGAACGGCUAGACCGAUUUUGACGAGACUUUCACUGAUAGGUAGCUAAUGAUAUAGACUAUUUUCGCUCCGCGGCGUCACUCGUGGUGCGACAAAACCGCGAGUAGCAUCGCAGGACUCAGCUAGUAUUAACUAAAUCGUAAACCUAUUACCAUAUUACUUAUAUCUUAUCUGGAUUUCAAUUAAAAUGAUAUAUGCACUCAAUGAGUCUGUAUUAAUAUACGUGGCAAGCGCGCUUAUAAAUUGGCUACUGAAAACAAAAUUACAUAUUACAAAUGAAACUAAAAAAAUAGAAAUAAAGAUAAAAUUAAGAGUUCCGGGAAAAAAAAGCAUACAAAAAAACGAAGUAUCUACACCAGUGAUUCUCAACCUUUUUUUGUUGCGGCACAUAUUUAACGAUUUAAAAAUUUGGCGGCACACAAAAAAAAAAGAUAAAAAUUAUUUAUUUGCUACAACACACUGCAUAAAUAGUUUAUCAAAAAAUUUUAAUAUACGAAAUAAACUAAAAUAUACAAUAAUAUUUUUUUGUGGAUUUAAAUAUUAUUAUAUAUUCAUGUUUAAAAUAUUUUUCUUUUAAAAUGAUAUAAUUUAAUAAUAUUAACAUUAUUAUAUAUUCGCAAAAUUUGGCGGCACACUUUUAAAAUUUGGCGGCACACAAAAGUGCCGCGGAACUGUGGUUGAGAAUCACUGAUCUACACAAUAAUAUAUGAUUGUGUUUUUCAGUGUCUAUAUUCGUGUGCAUUCAAUAGACGUUCUCGGCUUAGUCAUAAGACGCCUGUAUCCGUGUUAAUGGAAUGCAAAUAUGGCAUUCCAAGUUUCAACCAUCCGACUUUGGAAUGAGCUCCCCUCCACGGUGUUUCCCAAGUGCCAUGACAUGUCCUUCUUCAAACGAGGCUUGUGGAGAGUAUACUCAAUGGUAGGCAGAAGGCUUCCAAGUGACAUCUCUUUGAAUUCAUAAUGUCCUAGUACUUUAUCUAGACCAGUAGACAGCUUGGCUCUGCCGCUGGCAUUGCUGAAGUCCAUGGGCGACGGUAACCACUCACCAUCAGGUGGGCCGUAUGCUCGUCUGCCUACAAGGGCAAUAAAAAAACACCCUGAUUUCUCGAGAAUAUUAAAAGCAGUCGUUUUUUAUGAUUUGUUAGCUACCGAUGAUUCUAUGUCUGCCUUGAAACAGGCAUGGCUUUUGUUGUCAGGUAGACAUUUAAGUCUAUAAGCGGGUUAAUCAAGGAUUGAUGAGUUUCCGAGACCAACAGUUCAAUAGCUUUCUCUUAAACAAAUAUUUCGUAUCAUUCAUCAUCGCUGACGGUAUUGGACCAAUAAAGUAGUAAAUAUUGUUUUGGAACAAACAAAAUAAUCCCGAGCUUAUAGGAGACAUUGUAAAUAAAAUGCUAUGUCGCUAUGUUUUUAUUCUGUAUAUAUAUAUCUAUAUAACACGUGUAGUAUUUAAAAAUGUAUAAUUACUGUAAUAAUUGUAAUUCUUGAGCAUCUACGAUGUUUGCAAGCGUUAACAAAUUCUGUUUUAGACUAACGCGUCAUAAAAACUGAUUUAUCCGAUUUUUUUUAGUUCUACAAACUCUAAAGACAAUGAAAUCUGAAUCUUGAAAAGUGCCAAAAAUGAUUAGUCAGCGUAUUUAGGAUUUUACAAUUUACGACAAUAAAAUGAAAAUAAUAUUUAACAGAAAUUCAAUAGUCCAGGUUUUGGGGUUCCUACUUAUGUUUCCCGGGAAAUGAUUUUCCUAUCACCGAGAACUUUCUUCUUCAUUAUCCUAAAUAAAAUAAAAAUUAAAUAGAAUAUUAAUUUGUCAGUCUAAACUUUGUUUAUCUUUUCACUUAGGUAAUAUUAGUAUUGAAAUUGGUGUUUAAAUCAUUCCCGGGAAAAUACCCAGCCAAUGUUUAUUGUUGUUAACAAUAAAUACAUUAAAACAAGAAUUAAAUUAAAAUAUCCUAACUACAGCGGUUUAUAAAUUAGCAGGUUAAUUAAAAUCUUGGUUUACUUAUCUUCUCUGUAGUAUAUGCGUUGAGAUACAUAUAACUGAUAAUAUAACUAACUGAAGUUGGAGCUAAUACACGAACAUACAAGAUCACGAUUUUCACAAAACAGUACUAAUUGUGAUAUAAUUAAUAUAAUAAAAAUAUAUGAGUAUUUUUCAGCAAUAAUAAUGUAGACAAAAUAUUUACUCAUAAUUAUUGUAGACCAUUUAAAUAAUCAAUGUAGACAUAUUAUUAUUAAUUACAUAUACCAAUAAAUAAUCGUUAAAUAUCUAUCUACUGUAUAGACGCAUUAAAUAUCUUCUAUUUAAUGUAUUUUCAGGACAACUGUUACUCUUCUAUCUUAUUAGGGCUUACUUGAUGGCAAGUUGCCGUCACUCUUUGACAUUGGCAAUGCCAGAGACACACCGACCAGUAUACCAUUUUCUUUAUGGUAUUUCGGUUCGAAGCUUCUCUGAAAGCCAAAGUGCUGUCUCAUAAGGAAAUUGGUUUAAAACUAAACCUUAUAAAACCUGAAUCUCUAUAUACUACGCAAAUAAAAUUGCGUUGGUUUAUAACCAAAUUUAAGCAAACUUAUACCGUAGUUUUAAAUGUAACCAAUGUAGACAGUAUAUUUAUAACGUAUACGUAUUUUUAAACAUGUUUCUUGUGUUGUGCGGAUAUGUGAUGUUGUUUUUAUUAUUGUUAUUAUGUAGCACAUACGUAAUUUGCGUAAUUACAGGUGGUAGGACCUCUUGUGAGUCCGCGCGGGUAGGUACCACCGCCCUACCUAUUUCUGGCGUGAAGCAGUAAUGCGUUUCGUUUUGAAGGGUGCGGCAGCCGUUAUAACUAUACUGAGACCUUAGAACUCAUAUCUCAAGGUGGGUGGCGGCAUUUACGUUGUAGGUAUCUAUGGGCUCUGGUCACCACUUAACACCAGAUUGGCUAUGAGCUCGUCCACCCAUCUAUGCAAUAAAAAUAAUAAUAAUAAUCUCAAACUAACUGCCUAUACAAUUACAAGUACCGAUAUUAUACAAUAGUGAAACAAGCCAUUUUACAUUACAACGGCUGCCCCACCAUUUAAACCGAAACUAUUAAUCUCUCACUUAAAUCUUAAUACCCCCUUAUUAUUGGUGUUAAUAAAACUCCAAUAAUACAACUCGCUUUAUAAUAAUUAAUAUAUAAUAUAUUGGAGAUUAACAUAAAUUCUUAUGAGCGGUCGAAACGUCCGCUGUUGAUCGAGUCUGUCGGCGAUCGCGAUCAGCUGAUGCGUCCCCCCGUCCGCCGCGUCUCCCGCCGCUGUUGUCCACGCGUUCGAUGCGUGGACAAUUGGCAAAACAAGUCGUUUACACGCCCCAUUGUCGUCACAUAAUUUCGAGAGUAUUUUUGAAGUGAAAAUUUCUUUAGUUGAACACUCUUUGAUAAGGGAUAAUUCUCAUGGGUUUGCGUUGCCGACGUGCUAAUGUUACGUGUAAGACAUCGCAUACACCUGUGCUGUGCGCGUUAGCAGCUUCUUCGAUGCGUGAAAUCUUGUGUAUUCGGGUCACCGACGUGCGUGCUAGCAGUAUAUCUGUAGCUAUAGAAGUGACGCAUUAAUGCCGUGUAUAUCUUUGCGAGUAAAAUUGAAUGGAUAUAGUACAAAGUAUCACAUUGUUCAAAUAUGUAGUGUUUGAUUGUUUGAUCAUUAUCUUAAUUGUUUAAUUGUAGAAUCACUUUGCAGUACCAAAAUAUACUAAUAUCAAUAUUAAGUAUGAAAAAUAGAAAAAAUGUAAAUUUCAUACUAACAUUCUAAGUUUAUAAGUUUUCACUUCUAUCGGUAAUCCCUAUGGCUGCCAAUUUUUUUGUUAUUAUUAUUAUUUCGCAUCGCAUAUCCGUACUAGAUAGGCUUUUCGUGUAUGGCUGCACAAAAAGUCGCAUUGAAACUCACCUUAAACAUGUUUAGAAGUAUAAUUAUGCAUGUAUCUUCAUCAAAAACAGGAUUAAAAAUCAAAUUAAUUACCGCCCAAUAGACGGGAAACUGUCAGCUAGAUACUUUAUCUAGAUAGAGAAUUGUCAAGAAACGCUGAUAUUCCCAAUUUUGAAGUUUACAAGUAAAAGUAAACAUGUAUCUUGAUCAAAAACAGGAUUUAAAAUUAAAUUAGUUACAGCCUAAUAGACGGGAAACUGUCAGCUAGAUACUUUAUCUAGAUAGAGAAUUGUCAAGAAACGCUGAUAUUCCCAAUUUUGAAGUUUACAAGUAAAAGUAAACAUGUAUCUUGAUCAAAAACAGGAUUUAAAAUCAAAUUAGUUACAGCCUAAUAGACGGGAAACUGUCAGCUAGAUACUUUAUCUAGAUAGAGAAUUGUCAAGAAACGCUGAUAUUCCCAAUUUUGAAGUUUACAAGUAAAAGUAAACAUGUAUCUUGAUCAAAAACAGGAUUUAAAUUCAAAUUAAUUACUGCCUAAUAGGCGGGAAACUGUCAGCUAGAUACUUUAUCUUGAUAGAGAAUUGUCAUGAAGCGCUGAUAAUUCCACUGCACCAGAACCCUCCUCAAACAAAAUUACGUUUCUCUAUAAUCAAAUUUAAUAAACUUAUAACGUAGAUUUUAAUGUAAUCAAUUUAGACAUUAGAUAUAAAACGUGGCCUAUUGUAAAAACUGUGGCAUGUUGUUUUUUUUUUAUGUUUGAGAGAUUACUGGUGGCCCGGAGGCCUUUCCAGUUUUACCAGGACAGGUGGGCGAGCAAAGGCUCAGCCAGGAGGGGUGGGACUUGCUAACAGCUACCCGAGCGCCUCCAAAGGAGACCUAACAACUCAUGAGUAGCUGCUUCGAGAAUGAAUCUACUAGCGGAUCGGAAUCGCGACCCGCUGAGAAGAUCCGGCGAGAAACUCAGCGAGCUGAUUCAUGGGUUAGAUUGCAGGUCGAACUCUUUGCCGAGUUCGACGAGUACGGUUACCGUGUGAGUAGCUGUGAACAUUAGAGACACUAAUAUAUCGGGUGGUUAAUUUUGUCAAAUGGGUUCCGCGAUAUGGGAAUAUCAUUGUAUAAUAAACACGCUAAUUUGAUUUUAAAAAAAGGAGUUUACCGAUGUUUGCGCUGUGAACUUGCACGGGCAGGUCUCUUCCCGCAUACUACCUUCAGGUUUUAAGAGCAGUACAAGAGUUUAGUAUCGUGUAUCUUAUAUCGUCGUUACUUGCAUAUUAUAUAAAAGUUCCAACCAACAUUAUGAAGUCUAACGAGCAAUUUCAGCCACUCCAUAUAAGAUCUUCUCUGCGUCGUUAUUUCCACAACUGCAUAGUAUGUUUGGAGUUAUCAAAUCUGUAUCCUUUUCUUUUUUCCGGGCCGGGGGCCGAACCUCCUACGAGGUCCCCACGCAUAAGGGGCGCGCGGGGUAUGUGAGACUCAACGAUCUGCAUGGUGUUGUGAGCAGACCACGGCCCCAAGGAUUUUAGGGCCCACCCACUAAACGACUCCCCUGCACUCUUACACCCGACGUCCGAUCCCCUCCGAGGUCAGAACUCAGAUAAGGUAGGGGGGUUACCGCGGUCAACGCUACAACCAGACGGUGCGGCUCACCCCAAGGACGCCCAGCCGACGGAGCCUUCGAGGCGAAUCGAAGGCUCUGAAACGUCGGCCGUCUCGGUACGGCAGCCCGUCAGGCCGCCCAGACGGUGCCGCUGAUGCCCCGGAAUACCCCGCUGGACCAGAACCAGCCUGCCGGGUCGGGACGCGAUACACCAUCAACCGGUUGCUCUAUUUACUCCUCGGCAGCGCGCUAGAGUGCUGGUAGCGCGCCGCGCGGCCUCUACCCCCUCAGGAAACCAAUCUGUAUCCUGCUAUUUCGUUUUUUAUAAACACCGCGGAACCCGAUGACUAGCCGGACUAUACCUAAAAACUUAAUCAACAAUUUUAUGAUAUUAUAAAUUAAAAAAAAAACAUAAAAUCUAUAUAUCAUAAAAAUACUUUGUCCCUAAGACACUCUAAUUAUCAAUACAUACUAUAAAAUUUAAUUUAAAUGUAAGUUUCUCCUGUGUUAUGCUAGAAUCACGAAUGAAACCAAGUUAAUACCGUUCAGAAUCCCGGUCAGGGAUUAAGGAUUCCUAUUCCAUUUCCACUAUCCGAAUUUUAUUUUUAAACCCACCAGAAAUAUUAUUUAUGCGAACCUCACUGAAAUAUAUGAAAAUAAACGUGUAUUAUAAUUUAUUAUUUAAGCUGUAUACAAUUAAUUUUUCUGUAUACAUAUUUAUAUUUAAUAGACAAAUUAUUAACAGUUCUAAUAUUUUAAUUGUUAUCCAUGAAUGCAUUGUAUGUUAAUGUGUAUUUAUUCUAGUUUAUUUAAACAAUUUAAAUGUUAGUGGUUUGUAUAAAAAAUGUUUAUUGUUACAUAAUUGUAAAUUUGUUUUUUUAUUUUAUUGUUUUUAUAAAUUGUUAAUCUAUUGCAUAAUGUCAUAUAUCACAUAUUUUAUUGUUACACAAACAUGUCGGCAUUAAUAGUUAAAUUCGAAAGAUUAGAAUCAUUUACAGCCAGUAAUGGCUUAGCAAUUGUAAGCCAAUAUUUCAAUUCCCAUCUCAGUUCGUUCUUGUAUCAAUCCUACCGCGUAUCGUUAUCGAUAAAUAUCAAAAUUAUUAAGUCAGUUUUAAGCAUGUCCAGAGUUAUGAAAAUCAUUUAACCGUAAUUUAAAAUAAAAAUGUAUAUCAUCAAAGUUUUAAUGGCCGCUUUGAAAUUAACAAAGUUGAAUUGGAGAUGUAUGUUUCAAAUCGAUUAAACCAUGGGUAUAUGAACUGAA